UUUUGGGCUUGCAAAAUGGUUACCAAGGCAAUGGACUCACCUCACCGUGUCAAAAUUUGAAGGCACAUUUGGAUAUCUUGCUCCCGAGUUCUUAAUGCACGGCAUAGUGGAUGAAAAGACUGACGUGUUUGCCUUCGGUGUGCUGCUGCUGGAACUCAUCACCGGACGUAGGGCUCUGGAUUACUCGCAACAAAGCCUUGUGUUGUGGGCAAAACCACAGCUGAAGAAGAGCAGAAUCAGAGAGCUGGUUGAUCCUUCACUUGCUGAAUACGAUCGAAUUGAGAUGAACCUGAUGGUCUUGGCUGCUUCUUUGUGCGUGCAAGAGUCUGCAAUCCGACGUCCUAGAAUGAGUCAGGUCUUGCUGCUUCUGAGAGGCAGCUGUGGAGGGCAGUGUGUAAAAUGGAGGGAAGGAGGGAGGAGUUGUGCCCUUUUUGUUUAG